AGGGUACUGGAUUCUACCAUACGGUACUGUACAGCAUGCGGAAUUGCUUUAUCAGAACUAACCUUAAAUUUACAAGGUCAUUGUGGCUGCAGCAUGAUACAUCGCUGGACGAGUUACGUGAAUUUCUAUCAUUAGGAUAUAGUAUAGCCGGAAUUACAAAAAAGAGAAGAGGAUACAGUAUGGCAUAAGUGCAGAAUAAUUCUCUCUCGAAUCACGACUCUGCAAAAAUCGGCUUCAAGACACCUUCAUCCCCUUCUUCCACAUCUGGCUGCCGGGCACGGCAACCCUUUUUUCUUAUGAUAUAAUCUUACAAGAUAAUCUAGGGGAUUGGUGGUCAAAGGCACUGGUCUUAGGUUCCGGACGAGAGACGCGCCGCACAAUCGCUUGUGAUAUCUCCAUCUCCACCUUGCCUAAGGCUCUGCAAAGGUUCCCCACCCUCAUCCCGCCAACAACCCCUUCCUUCUCCCAUCCUCGGUCAACGCUUUCGAAGUUUGCCGGUGUGCUCGGGUACGAGGCGCCUCGAUCAAUUGAAAUUCCCUGCCUUGGAUUGACGGCAUCUAACGCCGGCCUUUUUUCAGAAGUGAGGCUAUCGGGCUGAGAUCCGCUACCAAGGCGUUGACGCAGCCUUUCUCCACAUUGACACUGCUGGUACCGUACUGUACCGACAACAAAUACAAUUCGAGUGUAUCGGUGCACAUCCAUUCUUCUGACCCUCGCAGGCACCGCCCAAAUUACGGGAAUAUUCUACAUUCUGCAAGAUAGUAUGUCCCCUCCAUCCUCGGAUCAAUUCCCCGUCGACACCGCCCCAGCUCCGGUAACCCCGCCCACAAACUCAGAUCCCACGAGGCCCGUCACCAAAUCGACAACAUCCGGUGGGUACCGUGUGUUGACAGACAUCAUGUCAUCUUCGCCUCUAUCGCCUCUGUCUGGUAUUGACAUGGAACUCGAUGAGUCAGACCUGCUACAGCUGUUACAACAACGACGGAAAGAGUUGGAUGCGGAGAUGGAGGCGUUCAGGGCUUCGAAGGAAAGCGAGUACAAGGCGUUCGAGCGGAAGUUGAGGGAGGAGCAUAAGCUGAGGAAGCGAAAGCGAGAAGCAGCAAGCGUCGACAACGGCCUACAGCUCAGCAAUGACAACAAUGUUACUACUACAGACGCAUCCCCGCCGUAUGCAACAGUCGCAAAUACGGCUGCACCCGAACGUGAGAAUGGUAAUUUAUGCUCCACCUGGUCAGAAGUGGGAUGCGGGGGUCGGGUCUCGCCUGACGUUGGUGAAUCAAAGCACGAUGACGCGCUGAGAUCGGAGUUGACUGCUUCGCUGCCUGCGCAGCAACCCGGAAGCAGCGAGAGCAACUCUCCGCCUUUCGAUAAAGACCUCCAGGCUGCCUUCACCCCUCGAUACCUUCCCCUGCUGGACAAAGACUACCAGAGCCCGCCAUCGCCUCCUCCUAACAAAAUCAUGUCGAGCCCCCCGCUGUCACCGAAACCUACUCUACCAAAGAUUGCCACUAUUCCAGGUCGCUCGGGUAACAGUCCGGGAUCUCCGGCCGCACCUCUUGCUUCCUCCCUCAAAUCGUCCUCGGGCAGCUCGUUUGGCACCACAGGCAAAUCUGCCGGAAUGAAACAGAAAUCUCCAAAAAGGGUUACUUUUCAAUUUGAGGACGAGAGUUCUGUUCCGUCGCGCAGCAGUCCCCCACCAGCCAAGGUGCGCUGGAGUUUGGAGGAUGGCAUGGACAGCGAAUGCGGCCUGGUAGACGAUGACGAGUUUGGAUCUACCGGUGACAAAGAAGCGGUGGAAGCAGGGCAAGAGGGGCCUGGUGAGUCUGGAAAAGUCGAACAGAUUGGGCAUGCCGCAAAGUUGGCCAGCUCAGAGAUGACGCGAGGGGUCGAGUCGGUGGUUCCUACAGCCCUCUCCGAGCCAUUCACAGGGUCUAAGCCUUCGGUUGACGAUGACUCAUUUGAGGAGGUACAGUUUGGGGACGAAGCGAGCAGGAAUGGGGCUAAGGGGGUAAACGGAGAUCUGGGAGAGGGGCUUGACAUGGAAACCCCGGAUGGCGAUGACAGUGACGGUGAUUUAUUUGAGAUGGACGAGACAGCGGCGGAACGAAAGGAAUCACCACCCCAUCGGGACUAUUCCGCUCUCCUUAAUACCACUAAACCCCCAUUUCAGCGUUCGCCCUUCUCUGGCCAAUCGUUCCCCCCACUGCCGUCAUUCACGCCUGUCCCUUCUUCCGUCCCAGCUCCUCAAGUGGACCCAUCACUCACAUUUGAGAAAAGCCUUGGAAUGCGGAGUGGAUUCACAGCGGUGCGGGGAGGCAUAAGUGCCUCUUUCAACCCAUCACUCUCAUUGGAACCCAUAACCUCUCGCGUCCGGAUUGGACAAGAGCCUUACACUUCACCUAUCGCCUCGUCAUUGCCAAACAUUGGCUGGGGAGAGGCCUCGGGCAAAGACUCAUUCGUACCCACCCCCGGCGGCCGCUUCCGCAGGCGAAGCAUCGCCAAAUACGACGUUCCGGACGAAGACGAUGCACCCGGGGGGAAACCCCGCCCGAACAUACCUGAAGAAGAUGAACCCUCUCCCGGACUCUUUGGCCAAAGUCCCAACGCUGCCAGCCUCCCCAUGGCAAUCGCCAGGAACAGCCCCCUUGCACCCCUUUCCGGUUCCGCAUCAUCCAAAUCUCCCACCCCACUGCCCAACUACGGCAGCCCAACAGCCAUUCCAGAGGUCCCUGAUGAAACCCCACUCUCCGGCCGCCCCUCACCAGUCCUGCCAUCGUUGGCCACGGAGCCGGUACUAAACCCGAACACAGAAUCCAUAAAACAAGUCUCGUCCGCAGACAUCCUGGCGGACGUGCCAGCCAGUGAGCCGGCCCCCGCCACCACCGCCAAGGGCGAUUUAGUAUCCUCGUACCGCCUAACCUCACCCUUCCCUUCCGCACCCAUCCUCCCAACAACAUCUCCUUACAGAACCGCACACGCAGCUGAAGUUGCUGCGUCAACAUUCGAUGACGAACUAGAAAGCGUCGUCGGUGGUGUAGAUGGCAGGACAGGUCUAGACCCGGACGCUAGCAGCUUCCAAACCGCGGCCGGAACCUCCAUCAACCGGAGGAGAAGCGGAAGUGUGGCUGUGCCGCAGGAUGUAAGGCCUGAAAGGAUGAGUCUGGGCAUGAGGAUGGCGUUCGAGGAGAUGAAAGGGAAGAAGUUGUUUUAACAGUUGCUUUCUCUCAUUUCACUUUUACCUUGGUCCCCUCGAUUUCUCAUGUUUUUCAUUCGGUUUUUACUUGGUAUAUUUGGCUGGCAUUGUGGUUUGUUGAUUUGUUUAGUUGAUCGGAAAAGCUUUGUUUGGAGUUGGGUGGGGGAAGUGCUUUUACUCGUUGGGGCAAAAGGGUGGCGGUGGUGAGAGUGGGCGAGUGAGUGUGCAUGUAUGGGCAGGAGCAGUGGAGCAAAAAUGAGAUUGUAUGUACCUAUUUUCGCGAAGACUGUGUACCUGU